CGCCAAUAUGCACUCCUCCUCCAGCGUCAACUUUUGGAUUGACCGUGCCGCCUCGGCCGACGUGCUUUUGGCUUUGUGGCUCCUCCGGCGUGUACUUUUUUUCGAUCCGGACGGUUCCGGUUGAGUCUCCGGAACCAAAUCUCGGUCGACAUACCCCGAUUGUUGCGUCUCGUAGAUCGGCGAUCGAUCGCCCCACUGUUGGUACAACCACAUCGCGGCGUCACUCGGCGGGAGAUCGUCGGGAAAGAAGCCGGAGCCGGAAGGAUUCAUGUUGAAAAGAGAGGGGGUAAUUUUGAAUUUUAAAAAUUGGGAAGAAGAAGAGAUUGAAGAUGGAGAAGGUGUGAGAGAUUGGGAGAGGGGGGUUGAAUUUAUAAGAAUUUUUUUUUGAAUUGGGGGGUGCAAUGUCUAUUAUAGCCGUUAAGGGGGGAGGGGAAUGGAAUCACGCAGCGUCAUUCCUUUAACGCACGCCCAAUCAAGCCCAAAUAACGGCGGAGGGGGCGGUGUUUCACGCCUCGGGGCGUUAAAUGCCCGUUCACGCCGGCGGGCGUGAAGCUCAAUUCCAGUGCUCUAAGGCACAAACCGCAGUUCUCACCACACAAACUAUGAAUUGGUCGGAAACCUGGGAAUGUACGAUGUAAUUUUAAGUCUUUUUGUCAUCCAUAUAUCUGCUCCAUAGAGGAUUAACCCGUUGCAAGAAUCGAUCAAGAAGGGGAAUUUGUUCGGGGCGGAGGAGUUGAUGGUGCAGAGCUCGGCGUUGUGGGGGUAGUGGAGUUUCAAGAAGACGGAUUUUUGAGUGAUUCCGGCGCCUCCGAAGGACCAGAGGUGGAGAAUGAGACCGGAGUCGGUGACGGGCGGGUGGUGGAGCCGGACUCUGGAAAUUAAUUGCUGCAUGAUUUGGAAACGGUCUCCAGCUUCGCUAGGGAUUUCAGGGGGACGAAAGAGAAGAUGGUUUCGACGAUUUCGUCGCAUAGAUCUCCGAACUCUAUCGCCGGCGGGAUGACGGCCAUGGCGACCGCCUCUGCUUCUUUGUCCCUCCCCCCUGUUUCUUGAUUUGUCUUCACCGUCUAUUGUUCAUGAGCGGCUACCUAGGCCGACGACGUCAACAAAGAAGACACGGCAGGGACAAUGGCUACCUCAAGUAUGUUUCGAUUGUUUUUAGAAUUAGUUAAUUAUAUCUCAUACUAAAAAUUUGGCCAUGCUUACCCAUGGAUUUCACAGCUAGGGUUUAUAAUAAUCAAUAUUUUCAGAUUCCCUUCUAGCAAUCUCUGAUGAAAGUUUGAUUUUAACUUCGGGUGCAACCUUAGCAUUGUAGUUUCGAUCUUCAAUCGAUUUUAAAAGAUGAUUUCAGGGGCAGUGAGAUUGAGGAUUUUUUGUUGCUAUGAGGAAGAAGACUCUUAGGACUUGAACGAUGGAGAUGACAAUGACCUCAAUAAUUGUUCAUGCUACCUUUGGUGAGCUUUUAGUUUUUUCUUUUUUGACCUUACACCAAAAUGCUUUGUAUUUCUCAGAUGGGGUAUCUUAAUUCAAGGUUGUAAGCUAUAUUUCUAGGGCACCGAUGUCUUCCCCGAUUCUUGCGGGUUGGUGGAUUUGCCGGCUUAACUUUAGGUCUAGACAAAGAGGAUGGUGGCUAUGGCUUUUAAGUAGCGAUUCUGCAAGACAUACAAUUUGGUAUAAUACGGUUAGAGAAUUAGACAAUUCCAAUUUUAAAAUGUUCUUUUUAUUAAAUUACGUAGUAUGAUUUUUAGAUAAAUCAAAUCCAAUUUUAUAAAUUGGAUUAUCAAAUAUUAAAUAAUUUUAUGUUUAAUUUCAUUUUCUGUUUAUAGAGAAAUGUGAGUGUUUGAAUCCUAAUGUUAAGCUUUUCAAAUAACUCCUCGGUAAAAUAUCUUUGAAUAUAAAAGGCUCCAAUACAGUAGGCUAAUAAACUUUCUUUUUGUCAUUACUCCCUGAUACAGCAACUUUGUUUGCAUACCCAUACUCUAAGAAUGCUAAAAGUAUUUUUGUGCAUACUGGCAUUGCAAGCUUUUGGAAUACCCACUUUGGAGGCAUCAUAAUUGAAAUGAUAUGGAAUAGUUUUUUGGUAAUAGUAAAUGUAACGCCCUGAAACCCGGCUUAGUAGUUAGUCGUUAUUUUAAUAAAAAAUGAAUAUAUUAUUUAUUGACUUCAAAAUAUGAAUUAUUUAUAAAAUUGACCAUUUUAAUUAAAAAUUAGGUUUUCGGGUAGAUCUCGUAAAAUAGUGACCAAUGGUAUAUAGCUUGUUAAGUUGGGACUUUUGCGUAAAACGUGAUGAGUAAAAUAGAUGUUACAGUUCAAUAAAUAAAUAUAAAGAUUUUAUAAUAUAAUAAUUAUUAAACCUUCCUAAACCUUAGCCGUAAGAAAAAGAAACCCCAAUCCUAUUUGGGGAGAAAUACAGGGACCAUUUUUAUAUAUGCGUAUAAGCUUUGGGGUGGAAAAAAAGGGUAAUCCCUAUUUCUAUACGUAUUGGACCUUGAGAUCCAAACCCUUUAGAGACCCAAACCCCUAACCCAAUUUCCUUAAAUACUCCAUGCGCUCUCUGUUUCCCCACUGCCGUAGAUCACCAUCAUCCGCCUGCAUUUAUCUUCUUCGCCGCGCGACAAGACCGGAACAGAGGAGAGGGAAAUCGUUGGAGCAAUUCGGCAGAGAAUUGCUUGAAAGACGCUAGAAUUCUUAAGCCAAUUAGAGUGGGAUACCUUGCCAAUUGAUUCAAGGUGAGUGAUUUAUCUCUAGUUAAAAUUAGUUCGUAGAUUAGGAUUCAUUAAUAUGUUUUCAUCCAAUUGAUGUUGAAUUCGUAAGUAUGAUUAUGCGACUGAUUGUGUGAAUUUAAUUUGAGUUGGGAUAUGAAUUUGAUUUUGGAAAAUUUAUACAUUGCUACUACUGCUCUGUUUUGUUUCUCUCUUGCUUUGUGUUCUACGAUCAUGCUCUCUCUUCUCUCUUUGUUCUGUUCGUCUCUUCUCUCUCUAUAUGUGCUGACUUGCUACUGCCACUGCUGUGGCGGUGUGUUGCUAUUUCCACCUUGCUUCCAAACGAGAAGGGAAGUUACUGCUUCUAGGGCAUUUAGCAGUCCUUAUUGUCCGGUUGUGUUGCUUGAUUUAUGUGUUUUGUUAUCUAGAUUUUCAUCUGUUCUUCUGUUAGGCCUAUGUUCGUGUUAGGCCUAUGUUCGUGUUAGGCCUAUGUUCGUGUUGUUCUUAGUAUGUAAGAUGUUAGUGAGCUUAUUGGUGUAUUGUUAUGUUGUGAAAUAAAAGUGUGAAGUAGGCCACCUAGUGGUACAAGGUGAAUCUGAGUUUAAUUAGAUAUUAGAAAUCAUAAAUCGGGUUGAGAUUAUAAACUAAGGUCAUGCAGGUGAAGUCGUACACAUAGUGGUCUCGAGGGUUAAAAACGUGUGCACGGUGGUCAUUGACCCCUGGCGAGAGCCAGUGGGGGCCUCAACCCCCUCCAUUGCGAGAGCUUUGGAGUUAUGAGUGUGGGUUUGGGCGAGAGCCUAGAUAAUAUCUAGCAGGAAGAUGGAGUAAGGAAGCAUAAGAACUAAACUGAAAUAUAAGGGUAAAUAGUGGUAGAGUUGGAUAAUGAUAUUUGCUGAUUAUUCUGAUAUUGUAUGAUCAUAUGUGAAUGGGUGCUAGUCUAUGAGUUAGUUCUAGCGUUAGAUACUUCCACU